CCAUAGCGUCUCUCGCCCGCGGCAGCGCCGCUUCCUCUCAUCCGCCCCUCGCCCUCCAUGUCCAUGACCAGCGCCGCGACCCGCAUGUCCCCCGAGACCGCGCCGUCGCCGCAGCUCGACGUGUUCCGGUGCCCCGAGUGCUCCACGCCGCGCACCAGGGCCGCGAGGUUCCUCUCGGCCGCCAGGAAGUGGUGGAGGGUCGUGCCGCGUCGGAGGGAAGGCCGCUACGACCUGAGUCCCAGCGCCGCCAUCUUCCCCGCGGCCUGCUGCGAGGACUGCGGAGCCUGCUCGUGAGCAGGCCCCAGGCGCCUCCAGACCGAAACCCGACAAGCACCCUGCCGCCAUCAUGUCAUCCCUCGUGUUCCAGCAGGCCCUGUUCGCCGCCGGGCGCCACUACAAAGUCUACGUGGUGGUUGCUCCCGCGUCGCACGACGGCCAUCCCCCGCACCGCCGUGCAUCACCGGCCUGCCCUCGGCGGCCGCCCCCGCCGCCCCUGCCGCACGCCAAGCCGCAGCCGCAGCCCGAGGCGCGACGCCACAGGAUGGCCAACACCGCCCUGCUCCUGCUCGUCGCCGUCGCCGCGGUUUGCCUCGGUGACGACGCCCUGAGAGAGGGCCAGCCCCUCGGCGAGCCUCUGGGCCAGCCUCUGGGCCAGCCCAACGCCCUGACCGACGACAUCGACCCCGAGUUCAUGCAGCUGGUGACCAACGGAGACUUGGGCAUCGACAUGGCGGACCGCGACGGGCGCAGCCUGUCCGUGGCCAGCAAGCUGUACCGCGAGCUCAAGAAGAAGGAGGCCCUCAAGGAGACCACCGUCAUAGCCGACCCCGCCGAGAGGAGGAGGAGGAGAAAAGAGCGGCUGGAGGCCAUCAGGAAGGCCUACAAGGACGAGCGGGAGCGCAGGAGGCAAAACAUACCGCCGAUCCGGAUCAACCUGAAAGCGGGCGGCGACCCGCUCGCCAUGCCCGCGGCCGCCCGGGCCGCCACGCCCGAGGACGACAAGCCCGGCAAGGGCAACGCCACAGAGGACGCGGGGUCCUCGCAGAAGGACGCGACAGACAAGGAGGACUCUCAGAAGGACACUUUGGACAAGGACGCCGUGGUUAACGCGGACUCCAAGGACAAGGACGCCGUCGUUGCCAAGAACACAGACGCUGCGAAGGACUCCAUCGUCCCCGUGGACUCUAAGGACAAGGACUCAGUCGUGACCGAGGGCACCGCCGCCGCCAAGGACCCCGCCGUUGACUCCGGGGCUGCGCCUGCCGACAACGCGUCAGACAAGGGCGCGGACGGCGCCCUCACGCCACCCUCCAAGCCUGUGGACGUCCAGACCGUGGAGCAGCUGGAGAAGAGCGUGAUCGACGAGAGCGUCAUCACCACGCCCGCAUCGCGUCCGGACGAGAACGUCGAGGCCCUGGCACCGCCCAUGCCGACCACCACCCUGGCCUCCUUCGAGAGCAAGGGCAGCGUCAACAACGAGAUGCCACCUUCGUCUGUGUCUGCUGGAGGCCAGCCACCUCAGGCCUUGCCAACAGACAGCACCUUGGUUGAGCAGUCUCAAGUCCACUUCGACGCCAACCCUGUGCAGACCGCGGGCUCUUCCAACAUCCAGUCUGUGCAGCCUCAAGUCCACGGCAACGCCAACCCUGUGCAGACUGCGGGCUCUACCAACAUCCAGCCUGUGCAGCCUCAAGUCCACGUCAACGCCAACCCUGUGCAGACCGCGGGCUCUACCAACGCCCAGCUUGUGCAGCCAGUGGUCCACGUCAAUCCCCAGCCCUUGCCGCCCGUGGUGCACAACACGGUCGUGUCGUUGCAGCCAAAGAUCCGCGUCAACGGUCCAACUGUGCAGCCUGUGAUCCGCAACAACGUCCUGUCCUUCAAGCCAGAGAUCCACCUCAACCCUCAGCCCUUCCGGCCCGUGGUCCGUGACAACGCCUUGUCCUUCCAACCUGCACUCAACGUCAACACCGCGCCCUUGCAGCCCGCGGGGCGCGUCAGCGCCGCAUCCCCGCCAGCCGUGGUGUCCGGUUCCAGCGGCACUGCGUCCUCGUCCGAGCAACUGGCUCCCGCCCAGGGCGUCGCCGCCCCAUCCCCCGCUUCUCAAACCGCCGCGGGUGCAGCGCUUCCCAUAGCACAGCAAGGAGCCAGAGCCGCGGCCGAGCUCCCCGACGGUCCACUGUUCAGGCCGUCCCCGGACUACCGCCAGCCGGGCAACUACCCUCAGCCGUGGGUGUCGGGGGCUGAGUCCCCCAACGGUCCGCUGUUCAGGCCGUCCCCGGACUACCACCAGCCGGACAACUACCCCCAGCCAAACAACAACGCCCAGCCGGGCAGCUACCCCCAGCCGGGCAGCUACCCUCAGCCGGACAUCUACCCUCAACCGGACCACUACCCUCAGCCAGGCCACUACCCUCAACCGGACAGCUACCCCCAGCCAGGCCACUACCGCCAAUCGGACAACUUCCCACAGCCGGACAACUCCCCGCAGCCGUGGGUGCCCGGGGCCGCCGAGUCCCCCGAGGCCGCCUUGAGGGCGGAGAACGCGUUCCGCGCGUGGGCGGCUCACGAGGCGGCGUUGGCCGAGCAGCGCGCCGCCCAGCAAGCAGUGGCGGCACGCGCCCGGGCCAUGGAGCUGCUGGCGGCGGAGGAGCGCGCGGCGCGCGAGGAGCUGGCGGCGCAGCAGAGGGCGGCCCAGGAGGCGCGCGAGUCCCAGCAGCGAGCCGCAGACCUUCUAGCGGCGCAGGAACGAGCCGAACGCGAGGAGGCCGAGGCGAAGCAGCGCGCAGCGGAGUACCGCGCGGCGCAGCAGCUCGCCGAGCAGCAGGCCGCCGAGGCCCAGGAGCAGGCCGUGCGGCAGGAAGUGGCCGCCCAGCAGCGCGCCGCCGAGCUCCUGGCCGCGCAGCAGAAGGCGGCGCAGGAAGCCGUCGAGGCGCGGCGACGCGCGGAACAGGACGCGGCCGUGGCGCGGCAGCGCGCCGCCCUCCUCGAGGCGGAGCAGCAGCGCGUCCAGCAGGAGGAGCAGGCCGCGCGGCAGCGGGCCGCGCAGCGCGCCGCCAUCCAGCAGGCCAUCGCGGACCAGCAGCGCGUCGCGCAGGAGGCCAUCGUGGCGCAGCAGAUCGCAGCACAGCUGGUGGCGGACCAGGGUCGCCCUGCCGACGACGCCGUGCCCUACGUGCUGCCAACCGCAUCUGACGACGCCGUGCCGGCCCUCUCAGCAAGCCCGACCGCCAGCAGUGAACCUCAGUCCAGCCGGGCCGCGGAGUCGCAGGACCGCCACCGCGCCAGCCACGUCGUGCUGACGGCCGCCACCCCCGCGGACGGCCCGCCCAACCCGGCCCUCACCGCGUUCCGCGUGGUGGACGACCUCCCCAACGGCGAGCUGGAGCGGCAGCGGCAGGAGGAGUUCGACAAGUGGAAGGUGGGCCUGAAGAAGCACAAGAAGAGGCUGGGCAAGAGGCCCGCCACGUACCUGACGCCCUUCCCGGACGGCACGCUGCCGCCCUCGCCGUACGUCGUGCCCGGCACCGCGGUGCCCACCUUGUCCGAGUUCGAGCAGAUGAUGGCGGAGGCCAGGCAGCAGGCCGAUCAGCACGUCGUCACCAAGAGGGACACCACUUCCUCCUCGGGCACCACGGAGCGGACGACAACGCGCCGCACCGCCACGUCGCCCCUGUGGCCGCGCGACCCGUACCUGUCCGCGCCCACCCCCCGGCCGCACCGCGACCACGGCCACGGCCAGGAGUCAGGGUUCGAGGCCGGUCACACACACAACCCGUACUGGCCAGCGAGGCCGGAGAGCAAGCUGCGCAAGAAGUACAAGCCCGUGGUGGCGGCCUACCCCUUCCAGAACUCGACCCACGACGAGGAGGCGCCGCCACAGGCGACCACCCCCACCGCGGUGCCCUCGAAGCCGUCGACGCCGCGCGCGCGCCCCGUGCCCGCCACCACGCCACCCCCGCGAGCCGACAGGGGGCCCGUCUUGUCCAGGCUGCUGACGACAGCGCUGCCCACCCCUGAGCCGCUGCCGACCCCCGAGCCUCAGGUCGCGGGUCCCCGCACCCAGAGCCGCUCCUGGAGGAGACGGCGGUCGCCGCAGCCCUCCCCAAGACGGGCCGCGAAGACCACCCUUUUCGGGAGCUAGCCCUCGGAAAAGACUGACUGAUUUACUCUGACGUGGACGUAGAGUAAUGGACAGCUCAUGAAAAUACUCUUGUUUUGUUCGCCGCCGACUUGACGUGUACCCCGAACCGAAACGGACGCGUCGCGCCCACGCAGCGCUUUCGAAAUGGUGUCGCGGGUGGCCGCGGAGCACCGCGUCGGCGGAAUCGGCGACCGAGCCGAGCCGAGACUUCGGGACUUCGAGACCUGCCCCGACCGGUGCCUGGGAAAGACGCCACAUACAUGGCCGGUUUGACAGCCAUGCCAAUGUGUACAAAUAAUUUAUUUGUAAAUAAAUUUUACCUCUUUGUACAGUU